AUGGGAUAUCCUGAAAAUUUCAAAAUUGUAACUAAAGCAAUUACAGAUAAUAUUUUAUUAGCAUCAAGUGCAUUUUCAAGAGUUGAUAAAUUGAAUUUUGGUGCACGUAUGGCAAUUUUCAAAUUAUCACAACAAGAACAAGAACAAGAACAAGGAGGAGGAAGAGGAGGAGAUCAGAAAAUCAUAUUAUGGUCACCAUUACCUUAUACACCACAAGUUAUUGAUACUAUAUUAAAAUUUACUGGAAUUUCACAAGAAUCUGAUUUAAAAAUUAAUUAUGUUAUUAUACCUGAUCGUGAACAUAAUUUAGCUGGUAAAAAAUAUCAAGAAGUUUUCCCAGAUUGUAAAAUUAUUGGUAUGGAAGGGAUUAAAAAUAUAAAUAUUGAUUAUAAAUUUACUGAAUCAAUGGGGAAUAAAAUUAUUAAAGAUGAAGAAUUGAAGAAUUUUAUAAAUGAUGAUGAUAUUGUAAAUAAUUUUGAAUUUGUUUAUUUACCAAAACAUACAAAUCAAGAAUUGGUUAUAUUUGAAAAAAAGGCAAAAACUUUAUUUGAAGCUGAUUUGUUGUUUAAUUUAGGUGUACCAGGUACAGUUCAAGGAACCACUAUAUUGGAACAAUAUUCACCUGAAUUGGGUUUUGCAAAAGGUUUUAAUCCUCAUUCUGGUUGGUCAUUUAUGACAAGAUAUUUACAACCUUAUUCUAAAGUUGGAAGAUUUAUGUUUAGAAAAUUUGUUAAUGUUAAUGCUAGUAAAGCUGGUUUAGAAGGUAUUUAUUCUUGGGAUUUUAACACAAUUGUGAUGUGCCAUGGUAAUGUUAUCACUGAGAAUGCAAGACAAACUUUUAAAGAUGUGUUUUUGUAA